UACCGUGUCCGUGCUCGCAAUGCGCAUGCGCCGCAAUGCGCAUCUCAGCAUAAUAACAGUAUACUUUCUACCUCCCCUACCUCAACGCCACAAUGUCCGUGAAGGAAGCUGUUGCAGAGGGACAUGCAACUUGUCAUUGCAAUGAUUUCUCAUAUACCAAACUUGCCAAUAAACAUGGUGUAACGCGCUCAACUCUGAUGCAACAAUUGAACGGGGAAUGCGCGUCAAAAGAGGACCAGGCACUCAGCCAACAAUUGAUGCACCCACGCAAUGAGGCAGAGCUAGUGCAGUACAUCAGAGGACUCACAGAGUGACACCUUAUGCCUACAAGGCAAAUGCUGAAGAAUUUUGCAACUCCAGUUAUUGGAAGAGAGCCUAGCAAAUCCUGGGUUACUGACUUCCUCAACCGCAACAAAGAUACCCUUAUUACCGCAUGGACCACCCCAAUGGAGAAGGAUUGUCACAGGGCCAACUGUGGUGAAAAGUACCGCUUAUACUUUGAGCUUCUGCACCGUAAGCUAGCCCAUGUUGAAGUCGUGUCUUAAGCAAAGCUCGUAGACACUAUUCGAUUGGUUCUCGGGGAUGAGCAGAGGUACAGAAAGCCGUCGGGGGUUGGUUAUCACUGAGCGAGCUCGGAGCGGCAGAGGUUUGACCGUGAUAAACCGCCGUAAUAAUCAGGGGGUAGUCG